AUGACGGUAACCGCAUUCCCCUCUGAGGGCUCUCCAGAUCUCGCUCUUCUCAACGUCGCCCGCCUGUUCACCAGACUCGAGCACAAUCUCCUCUCCCCGGGGACAGAUCGACGCUCACUCCAACAAUCAGAAUACCAGCGUAUGCGCGUGAACAAGAACGUCGAAUACGCCCGCUCACUCCUUACUCAACUCGAGCGCUCCCUCCCACAAAUCAAACCACUCGACCGCAAACAUGAAGCCCAAGCCGAGAUCGCGCGCGACAAACAGCUCUUGAAACGUAUACAGACCCUUCUCGACGAGGAAGACACCAAAGCCGAAGCAAAGGAAGAUGAAGACGACGAGACCGACGACGAUGACGAAUGGAAGGAGCUAUUCUCCAAGCCCAUCGCCGAGAAAUCUAUCUCGCCUGUAUCCCAACCCAAAGACCAACAGAAACAAACUCAGCCAUUAGAUUCGCAACGAGAAGGAAAGGGAACGAGCGAAACGCAACAGACCACCAAUUCAUCCGUAACAGCAUCUACAACCCAAACACCAACCCCCUCAUCAACAAGCCAACCAACACCCCCAACCCUCCGCAAUCGCCGUAAAACCCCCGCACUGCCCACUGAAAAAGCAUCCGCGACUGGAAGCAAUACGACCAAGCUCGCUGGAACAGAAACUGAACUGAGUACCCACAGAAUGGAACAGGAAGAUCUAACCAGUUCUCUUCUGACGCUCGCUUCGCAAUUGAAAUCCUCAUCGCAGAGCUUCCAGUCGACGCUGGAGGGCGAGAAGUCUGCUUUGGACCGCGCGGUGUCGGGUAUCGAUCGCACGAGUACGACGAUGGAGGCGGCGGGCAAGAGGAUGGGGAUGUUGCGCAAAAUGACAGAGGGGAAGGGGCUGUGGGGACGGAUGAUGUUGUAUGCAUGGAUUUUCGGACUAUGGGUUGUUGCUAUUCUGAUUGUUUAUGUUGGGCCGAAGUUGAGGUUUUGA